AUGCAUCCUUUCAUCAUCCCGCUCUAUGACACAUUUUUACAUUCUACUACUUGUGAACUUCAUUUCAUAUUCGAAUGUAUGGAGGAAAAUCUUUAUCAGCUUACUAAAUUUAGAAAAGGUCGACCAUUGGCGGAUGGUCUCAUAGCCUGUAUCUUUGAGCAAAUUGUAUUAGGACUUCAUCAUGUUCAUUCUUGUGGUUACUUUCAUCAUGAUAUGAAACCUGAAAACUUACUUAUCACUACAACGGGUCUCACCAAUUACCCUCAAGGAAAUUGUAGAGUCUUGAAUGAUUGA